UUUACAUUGAUUUUUCUCCCAGUGAUGAAUACUGACUGUUUCACUAUAGCCGAAUGCUGCCAAAAUUGCUCACACCCAAGUUGCCUGGCUUGCCUUCUGUAAGCACAGCUAACUGACCCACCAACAACGUUCCGUUCCGCAGGAUUUGUGUCACCCAUCACCACAGCGUCCAUUCUGCAAUUUCUUGACAUCGCUGCUAGGAGUUGACAGUUGAUGUCCCAGGCAAUGCUGUUUGCUUGGCUGCAGGUUGACUUUGACGCAUGUGGAUAUUUCUGUGAUGCUGUGUGCUAAUGGAGGAUUGUCUCGACUCGAGAAACUGACCAUGUAAUUAAGAAUUUUGUGAUGUGACAGGCAGAAGGAUACCAGGGCAUCAAUAUCAUUACGGAAGUCGUCUUCAGCAGACGUCUGCCGCUGUAGCUUUCUCCCAUCUUGGAAAGACACAGUCCACGAGGGCUGCCUAGCUCUGUGACGUGGGUUGUCAUUCAGUCUACAGCUAGUGUGGGAUACUGUCAGUCGUUCACUGUAUGAGCAGACAUCACAACAUGCUAGAUUCAACCAUGUUUCUCAACACUCUCACCCCCAAGUUCUACGUUGCGCUGACAGGGACGUCCUCUCUCAUAUCAGGGCUUAUAUUGAUAUUUGAAUGGUGGUACUUCAAGAAAUAUGGAACUUCCUUCAUAGAGCAGGUGUCCCUCAACCACAUAUCCCCCCUCCUGGGCGGCGGGGAGGGGACGACUGAGACCCCUAGCAGCAGCAGCGGCAACACUUCCACAACACAACAACAGACUCUGCCAGAAUGCAAAGUUUGGCGGAAUCCCCUCAACCUAUUCCGUGGAUCGGAGUACCAGCGUUUUAUUUGGGCAACAAAUAAAGAUCCGUUGACAUAUUAUGACAUGAAUCUCUCUGCACAAGAUCAUCAGACUUUUUUCACGUGUGAAUAUGAUGCUGGAAAACCAGAAUAUGAAAUCAUGCAGAUGGCAUGGAGGGAGCGGAAUCCACAGUCGAGGAUAAAAGCUGCGCACGAAUCUCUGGAGAAAAACUCUGAGUGUCCCACAGCCUUGCUACUUCUAGCAGAAGAAGAAUGUCAGACUGUUUUAGAGAGUGAGAAGAUGUUCAAGCAGGCAUACAAGGCAGCAGAGACCUCCUACAGGAAGUCCCAGCAGACUCAGCACCAGAACUCCCAGCUAGAAGCAUUACAUCGGCGAGAUACCAAUGUAUUGGUCUAUAUAAAGAGGAGGCUAGCAAUGUGUGCCCGCAAACUUGGGCGGACUAGAGAAGCAGUCAAAAUGAUGAGAGAUCUUAUGAAGGAGUUCCCUUUGAUGAACUUCAACAUCCACGAGAACCUAAUAGAGCUGCUGUUAGAGCUCCAGGCGUACGCCGAUGUUCAGGCAGUGCUGGCCAGAUAUGAUGAUAUCAGCCUCCCAAAGUCAGCUACUAUAUGUUACACAGCAGCCUUACUUAAAGCAAGAGCUGUAGCAGAUAAAUUUUCCCCUGAUAUAGCCUCUAAACGAGGUCUCAGCACAGCCGAGAUGACAGCAGUGGAAGCUAUACACAGGGCAGUAGAGUUCAAUCCACAUGUUCCUAAGUACUUAUUAGAAAUGAAGAGCCUGGUGCUCCCCCCGGAACAUAUACUGAAGCGAGGGGACAGCGAAGCUCUAGCGUAUGCAUUUUUCCACCUCCAGCAUUGGAAGAGGGUAGAGGGUGCGCUGAAUCUUCUCCACUGUACGUGGGAGGGCACAUUCCGAAUGAUUCCCUACCCACUAGAGAAGGGGCACCUGUUUUACCCCUACCCCACAUGUACAGAAAGUGCUGACAGAGAACUGCUGCCUUCUUUUCACGAGGUGUCAGUUUACCCCAAGAAAGAGCUGCCUUUCUUCAUCUUGUUCACUGCUGGUCUGUGUUCCUUUACUGCACUGCUGGCGCUGUUAACACAUCAGUACCCAGAACCCAUGGGCGUUGUUGUCAGAACGAUGCUGAGUUGGAUGUAUCUGCCCUUGAGUUACGUCCUGGAGAAACUCGAAGCCAUCCUCCCCUCCAACCUUCUCCAUCAGCUGUCUCGUAUCUAGAUGACACCUGUCAAUCAUACUCAUCACUGCCAUCACCAUGACAACCACCAGGACAUAUCUGUUGAGACUUCUCGGUGCAACAAUGUUGUAGACUUGAAAUAGUAAUAUUGAAGUAUUGCCGAAGUGCUGUACUUCAUUUGGGAGGUGCAGGACAUUGCUUUGUCAUCAUAUCAAAUUAUGGUUAUGAUGAUUAUGACACUGAUAAUGAAUACACACGAUUGGUUGAAUAAGAUUGUAUUGGGAAUUGUAUCAUGGAUGUGAAGUUGAAACGGACACAAAAUAGUUUGGAUACAUACAGAGUGUAGUUACAUAGUGCUAUAAUUAAUUGUAAUAGUUUCAAAAAGUUAUUUAUUGGUAAAGAAAAUAAUGUAAAUUAUGCCUGUCCACAUGUUUUUUCUUCCUGGCUUUAAAUUUUGUUACACAACACAGAAAUGGUACUUGCGAACUUCUUCUUCUGUAUCCAGUCAAGAAUGAGGUGUAAUGAGGACUGUCUGUCUGCCCCUCAGAAUCUGCAUCACUUUCUAGAUGAGCAAAACUGUUAGACAUCGUUAUGAGUGAGUCAAAAUUGUUUAACGCCGCAUCAGCAUUCUUGCAGCUCUUUUUGCUGAGAAAUGUAUUCUAUUGUUCUCUACUGAAAAAAAGUAGUUAGGGGUCAUGAAUAAUGUUUUGGAUUUUGUUUUGUAGUGAAGACCAAGGUUCUGCAAAUUUGGACGGUAUAUAAAAAUAUUUCUUGAUCCCUAACGUUUUUGGUUCAGAAUAUGUCAUUUAAAGACUGAGAAAUAAUGUCAAAGAAAUCAUUUUAAAGGUUAUCAGAUGUGUUCAUAUGAAUAAAACUGCACAGUUUUUUCCACACAAUGAUACAAUGUGUCCAAAAAGGCUGGUAUAGAGGUUUUCAGUAAGUAUACACUCUUGCUCAUAACCAAACUUUCUUGUGAAUCAACGUUUUGCUCAUUUUAUCCUUUCUUAUUUCAUUGAUGAUGUCAGAAGUAAAGAACUGACAAGUGUAAGAUGGAAGAAAGUCUAAUUGUCAACCAUUUGAACAUGUGCAAUUAUUUUCAUUCUGAAUAUUUAACGUUUCCAAUGGGCCUGAAAGGGUCCUUACAUACCUGAUCCUCACCCUAAUGCAGAGACAACCUCUAUGUAGCUCCCGUCAACCAGAGGAGUUUGAAAUACGUGGCCUUUGUGUCCAGAUGGUUACUCUUGGGAUUUUAACACAACACUGUCUUUGUUUCAUCGUCAAUACUUCAAGUGUUUGUACACAGUAUGUUCCUCCAUCACCUGUGAAUACAUAGCACCACUUUACAGGUAGUCACUUUUUACCACCGAAUUAAGGGCAGACCUGGACAAGGACCUGGACAAGGACCUCGUUCCUGGGAGAGGGAGACCUAGGAGGACUCGCACCAAUGAGCAACCAGAUUAUACUGGUAAUAUCUCUUGUGCAGCAUGUUUUGUUGUGUAUCGCCGCACUCCAAAAAUCGCUGCACUUGCAGCAAUAUUCCAGCUAUACGAAAGCAAUCUGUAAAUGAUCGGGUCUGAACUGGACAAUCCAUUGAUCGAUGUUGUCAACAACAAUCCACGCUGUUGGAGUAUGAUGACACACUAUCAGCCAAGUCACUGAGCCUGAUCACCCGAUACAUUUGGCCACCACUACGACCAGCACAGGUUGCUGGGGACAAAUUCUAACCCGGAAUCCCCACGCGGUGGAAUACGUGCCAUGACCUGGAGGCUAUCUACUCCACACAUUGCUUCAAUAUCAGCCAAUGGAAAUCUGUACAUAAAAGAAUGUAUUGUGAAACCAUCAAACAACCAACAACUGGUAUACAAUCAACACAUGUUUUUCAAACUUCACAAGGUUUUCAAAUCAACACAAAUUACUGCACAGAAAUGAUAAUGGCAGUACACAAUAGAGUGGUAGUACUAUAUUCAAUGGCAGUAUAUACUAUUAUGACAGUGGUCAGUAUCAAAUACAAAAAGACACUGGUGAUGUAAUGAAAUGCGUGAGAGAUACGGGUGGCACGCUCUUGUCCCCUUGUUUCUCUAACUACUGGAUAUUUCCACACGAUGCCAUCACAACAUAGAAUGUUCCACAUGUUUCUAUACAAUCUAUCACAGUCCACGGUAUUCCGGAAUCUUACACAUCACACUAGCAUCAAUAUAUAGUAUCUUCCUCACAACUGCUUACAUUAAAUAGUACUACAUUCCAGACAACUAAUCUAGUAAAUACAAUGCAGUUAGCUUCUACCGCAUCUCCACAGAAUCAGUGUAAUACAGUUACAUUCUUUGUUCAACAAUAAAAUGCACUGCCAUAUGACAAUAAAUAUUACUCUGUGAAUUCACAGAUAAUGGAGGAACACAGUGUGUAGAAACCUGUGAAGUAUUGACAAUGUUUUAUUGAUAUGUUGAGUUCCUGUAGUUCAAGUGAAUGAGGAGUUUCUGCGCUUUCAUUAUACAUAUGAAAUUACAUCUGUCUAAUCAACUCAUUGUGGAACUAUGUUUUCAAGUAAUAUCCAAUAAGUUAAUUAAGAUUUGAUACAUUACAUACAACAGAAUAAAAGACAAGCAUUUAACGACUGUGCAAUACAUGCAGCAAUUAGGAGUUUUAUUCUACACACAACCGUUAAUUAUUUUGUCUGCUGUUUUAAGGGGUGAUAGGGUAGCCCAGUGGUUAAGGUGUCUCCAGGCUCGUGAUUGUGUCAGCUACUUUCUUGUGGGGUACAAAUUUAAACACCUUUUGUUAUGUUAAAAGCUCCUCUCUUGAAGAUAUGGUUAAUUUAGUUAUUUAUUAUGGUGUAUUAUAGUAUGAUUUGUUGUUUACAAAGCAAGUUAGGCUUUCAAAAUGAAAGAAUUGGUACUCAGGCAAUGGCUUUUGAAAAUAUAGUGCUGUGAGUUUUUGGGGGUUUUUUUUGCUUGUUCAAACUAGUAUGUAACCAAACAAACAGUUGUGUUCCAUCAACCUGGGAAAGGGCCUCCCUACAUCAACAAGCAUACAAACUCCUAUUGCUGCCAUGUAAAGGGAAGUAACUGCAUGUUAAAUUGGAUCUCAUUUAUUUAAGUAUUAGGAUUUUUUGAUUUUUUUAAAAAUGGAAAUAAAAACGAAACAUGCGGCUGACUUUAUGAUGAUGCGUGCGUUGCCUGAGAACCAAGACUAUUAUUUUUUUAGCCUUAUGUAAGUAUGUAAGAUCGCUUGUGGAACAGCCCCGGGUUACUAGGGUAAGACUAUUUGUCGUUUGUUUUUCUUUACUUCAGUUCAAGCCAAUACUUCCUGUAUCUGCAACUGUUUCAGCCAAGUGUGUCGUGUUACUGCUGUUAAGUGCUUCUUACCGAUGUGUGUGUUGUAAAGUCUGUCUCCCAAUAUGGGUGCAUUUCAAUAUUGAAGGUGAUAUAAAAACAUAUUUUGAAAUAUCUGCUAUUUUUAUAUACUGAUAAAUAACAUGCAUAUCUUAAUGAAUCCGAAUUUGACAGCCAAGAUGUGACAUUUUUUGCUUUCAAGCUUGUUCACUUAGUUCUUCUUGAGACUGCAACCCUGCUUCUACUUAGGUUCAAACUACUUGUUAAAUGUAAGGAUUAUUUCCUACAUAACUACAGUCAAAUCUCGUUAAUCUGACACUUGUUAAUCUGACAAUCGGCUUUAUCUGACACAAAAGAUGGGAACCGGUUAAAUCAGUGCUGUUUAGACCCGUCAAUCCAACAGUGUCGCACUCAACUCCAACACGCCUGAUUUGCAAUGAAUUACAGAAAUCACUCAUUAACCAAUCUCGUUAAUCCGACCGUGAUCAGCGUACUCUGUGGUCAUCUGCACGUGGUAUUAUUGAAAGACUAGAUUUUGAUAAGUUUUUAGCUUUGGUCAGUUGGAAUACAAGUAAUUUUUGUGUGUGUAGCUGAAUAUUGCUUUUUUUAAAUUUGAGUUUUGUGGGGGGAAAUAAGUGUUGAUAGUGUUUACAGUGCAGGACAUUUAGUAACUGUGUUUACAGCGACAUGUAUUGUCUGAUAUAUAUGUUUAUUGUUAAUGCAGGAGUUUUAAAGAUAUGUUUUCCAAAGAUAUCGAUUAAAGUAUUUUAAGUUAUUUAUUGAUAUUGAUAACACUUGUAAAUGAAUCUUAUUUUGAAACAUUUUACUUAUUUCUGCUUUUCAUUUAACUUAUGUUUUCACAUUUCAAUUGUUUCGAGUCAGCUUAUUCAUAAUCCAAAUUUUGUCAAAUCUGGCAGUAUUAGAGGUUUGGGAUAAUGCAUUUGAUCAAAUAAUAUUUAAAAAGUAGUUACUUUAAGUUUGUAUGUUUGUAGUGGUAUCCUUUUUUAUUAUUCAGUCUAAAUUGAAUAAAAAUAUGUAAAAGCUAUUUUAUUAUAUUUUUCUGAGAACAGUUUUUGUCUCUGAUAGCUCAAAUCCCUAAACUGAGAAAUAAACUUGUGCUUGAAGGAGGUUUUGGUGUAGUUAUAUGGAGCAUGGUGUAAGAUGCAUGUUGUCUAGUCUUCUUUUUCUUAUUUUUUAAAAAGAAACAUUUUCCCCUCAACAUGAAUAUUUUCAGGGUAAAUCUGUUUUCUUGCUAAACAUGUCACAAACAGGAUUUUAUGUUCUUUCUUUAUCUGCAUGUGUUUUUGUCAUUUGUGCAAGGUCGGAACUACUUGAUGCAUGUGCAUACUUCUAUAAUAUGAACUACUGCUGUUCUGUAAAGUGACAGAAAAGGACUUGAUCGUUGGUGUGUAUUUCAAUUUGGAGAGAAGCCCUGGCAAGGUUUAUGCUGACAAAGCACUUUGUUUUCAUGAAUUUCAACAAUACUUUGUUGUUGACAGAAUGUGUCUAUUUGUGAAUGCCAUCUUGGUAUAACAACAUUGUGUUCACAACCUCACCCCCCAUGAUCAAGUAUGGUAUCACCUGUCAUAUGUUAAGGAUUGUACCAUGUUGGUUUGGAGGGGUGUAGGGUAGGUGUUACAUCAACAUUUAUUAUACAAAUAAAUAAAAUGUUGAACAGUAAA